UUUCAAGGAAUUUUUAAAAGGGUCACGCUCAUUUCCAAGAAUCGGUCUCAAACAACAUUCACAAACAACAUUCCUCAGCCAACUCCCUCAACUCUCGCCAACAUGGAAUCGUUUGUGGACGAUCUUAAGAACCAAGUCCAAUGUUCUUUGUGUAAUGAUACAUUUACAGAACCCAAGAUCUUGUCUUGUUUCCAUACAUUUUGUAAACCUUGUAUCAAAAGACACGCCGACCUGAUAGACGAAGUCAACGUCUUCAAGUGUCCUCGAUGCAAAUUACCAACUUCUUUACCAGAACCAAGCAGCGUCGAAGAUCUACAGCCUAGUCUGCUUCAUACAAGAAUCUUGAAGGGUCUGGCGUUGGUAGAAGGAGAAAAGAUUUGUUCUGUUUCUGAGAGCCAUUCUCCAGCAUCUUGGUAUUGUUUUGACUGUGAUCGCUUGAUGUGUCAAGAAUGCGAGAAGAACCACUCAGAGUUUAUCAAAGAUCACAAGGUCAUUCGUCUGACUGAUUUGAAGAAAGGAGAUAUUGAGUUCGUAAUAAUAAGAGAAAAUCCUUGUACAAGUCACCCUCAUCACAGGCUAGAGUUGUUCUGUGAAGAUUGUGAUGCCAUGAUUUGCGUGACAUGCUUGAAACACGAUCACAGGAAACAUGAGACAAUGUCAUUAGAUAAGUUUGCUUCGAUCAAGAAAGCUGUAUUGUCAAAGAAUCUGCAGGUACUAGAGCAGUUGAGAUUAGAUGACAAGGAAAAGCAAGCACAAGAAAAGAUUGCUAACACWAUCAAACAACAAGGAGAAAAAGCCAAAAAAGAAGUCAAAGACAAAACCAAAGAAAAAACCAAGAAGAUCAUCCAAAUUCUAAAAGAAAACGAAAGAGAAUUGCUGAGACAAAUAGAUGAGAAAUUGGAAACAGCUACGACAAACUUGAAUAUAAUUCAUCAUAUUCCAGCCGUCAAGGAGUACAUCAAGAAUGUGAUGGAAAGAGGACUGGCAAGUGAAAUGUUGAACAUUCAAGAGACACAGUACUCAGAGAAAUUUAUCUUCAACCGCAUUCCACUUUUCUCUCGAGUUGAGUUCGUUCCUAACGAGCAGCUGGUGCAAGAAGUGAAUUCAGGGCUGGGAGAAAUACGUACUUGUUACAAAACAGACCAUACGAACAGCACUAUUCAGGUGAAAUCUGAGACAGAAGCUUUAAGGAAAGAAAAGCUAAUAUGCACAAUUAAAACCUCGACAGGGGAACUCAUUCCUGAUCCAAUGGAUGUUAUAGACGUUCAAAUCAAGCCUGAAGAAAAUGUGAAAAUAGAAAAGAAAUAUGUGAGAACUGAUGUUAAAGUAGAAGUUGAAUUCAUGGCUAGAGUACCUGGUCAGUUGACAGCAGAGGUUCAAGUGAAUGGGAAUCCUGUAUCUAACAGUCCACUAGUGGUGAAUGUCAAGCCACAAGAGAUGAGAACAACAGGACAGUUUAACACGAAAGGUAAAAAUAUAGGCUCUAGUUAUUUGAGAGGUAUAGCAGUAAACAGAGACAACAGCAGGAUCGCUGUUGCCAAUUGUUCUUCUGACUGUGUCCAUGUAUUCACCACUGAUGGAGAUCUCUUACUGACGUAUGGUAGUCAAGGUAGUGCACAGGGACAGUUGUCUAAUCCUAUGGGUUUAGCAUUUCUGAAUGAUACAGAUUUAGUCAUAUCAGACAAUGGUAAUCAUAGAAUAUGUAUAGUGAACACUACAACAGGGACAUUGGUAAAAACCUUUGGUAACCAAGGUAACAGGGAUGGAGGAUUGAGUAAUCCACUUGGAGUACACGUUGAUGACGAUGGUAAGAUCAUUGUGUGUGAUCGUGGUAAUCAUCGUGUUCAAGUCUUCACAAGAGACGGCCACUAUCGAUAUCAGUUUGGUUUUACAGCACAGGACGAGUUUACUCCAUAUGAUGUGAUAACACAUGAUGGACUGUUUUACGUCAGUGAUUAUAGUAAUCACGUUAUUCAGGUAUUUGAGAAGAAAGGCAACGUACCGACUAGAAUAUCGACGAUUGGUGGUCAAAGCAGUGCUUAUGGUCAGCUGCGUGGACCAUGGAGCCUGGCUAUUGAUAAUGACCAUCAUCUACUGGUGUGUGAUUUUGGUAAUAUGCGAGUACAAAAAUUCACAUUGGAUGGUCGUUUUGUAGGAAGGACUUGUGUUGUAAUCAAUGAACCUGUAUAUAUGACCGUUUUAAAGGAUGGUCAGUUACUAGUCAGUACGUGUGGUUCUGGUGUCUGGUGUGUAAAUUAGAAUCAGCUAUUAUUAAUGUCUAUAUAUAACCAUCAUUAUACUCAUAACAAAUCAAAAUCAAAUUUUCUUUCAAACUUUGACUCUUUUAAAAGCUCUUAUCUACGAUGUAGUCCUUUUUUGUUCAGCUUAAGGAGAUUACUGCUUUAUAUUAUUACAUCAACAAACUUGUAAUACCCAUAAUGCACUCUGGUCAUGGUAGGUCUUGUGUUCUGUUGCUAUGACAACCUAAAAACCAUUUCCCUCAUAAAUAUGAACACUAAUGUAUUGCCUUAGAAUAAGAAAGCAAGUUAUAAUCUGACAAGCGACAAUGAAAAAGAAGUGUAAGAUUGUUUUGAUUUUGAAUGAUGAAUAAAUAUUUUACACUCAAA